ACACCAACCAAUCACCGUCACUUUCUGUAAUCUUUCUCCUCCACCCGCGAUUGGCCACCACCGGCUCCCCUUUUCUCUAAUCUACUUCACACACUGCCGGCCACCGCGCCGUUCUCUCACACCUCCGCCCUUCUUUCAUUUUCAUUUCCCCCCAAUAUGGAUUUCUUCAGAUCGGUGUUUUCAGACGAACCAGAUCCCCCUCCUCCGAAGUCCGCAUCCGGCUCCCAAACCCCUCCUGAACAUCAAUCAAACUCAGAUUCCGACUCCGAUUCUCCACCACCAGCACAGCCACAAUCCAACCCUAACCCUACUGCCGACAACGACGCCCGUGGGUGGAGUAGCUUCGGUGGCCUGAUCCGCACGCUCACCACCAAAUCGGAAUCCGUCAUCGAGACCUACCGCCGGGAUCUCAAGGAAUUCAGCACCGGUCUGCGGAAGGAGAUCGAGGUCGCGCAGGGAUCCCUCGAGAACGUCGGACAGGCCUUCGACGAGAUCGGAAACUCUGUGAUUAAGGGCACCGCGCAGAUCAUUUCACAAGGCAAAGAAGCUAUCAUUUCUCUUGACAACGAGUCGGAUUCCUCAGACGUUGACAGGGGAAGCAGCGCCGCCGGCCAGAGCAGCAGCUACGACUCGAGGCGGUACAGCCGCUUGGACGCUCAGGUGAGAGCCAUUCAAGGCGAUGCCAGCACUUUCUGCGACGAGCCGGAGGAUUUGGACGAUUACGGCAAGUGGAGGUCGUCGGAGUUCGACCUUGAGGAGAAUCGGGACGAGAUCGAGAGCCUGCUGGAAGAAAAUGGUACGUUGGAUAAUAUAUAUAGAAAGGUUGUGCCUGGUAGUGUUGAUGAAGAAACGUUCUGGUCUAGGUAUUACUAUAGGAUCUAUAAGCUCAAGCAAGCCGAGGCUCUGAGAGCCAAUCUUGUGAAGCGUGCCAUUUCUGCUGAAGAGGAGGAUUUGAGUUGGGACGUGGAUGAUGAUGAUGAUGAAGAAGAAAGUGAGGAUUGGAAGAGCAAGGUGAGUAAGGGUGAAGAAAUGUCGAAGGGUGUUGUAGAGGAACAUCAAGAGGUGAAGACCAGAGAUUACGCAAUGGAAGUUGGGAAAUUGGAUGCUAUUGAGCCGGUAGAGCAGAACCCUGUCGAGGAUAAGAAAAUGGUUGAUGAGAAGUCCGUGGAAAUUGGGCUAAAUGCGAAGGAGGAAGCUGCUUCUGCUAUUUCGACAGUUGAAGAGCAAAAUGUAGUAAACAACCCAAGUUCUGCCACUGCUAGUGGUGAUGUAGUAUCUAGUGAGAAAGCAGAUGAAGUUAAGGAGGAUGUGAAAUCUGCUGAGAAUUCAGGUUCUGAAGGAAAUGGUGGCAAUGGAGGGUCUUGUAAAGACAGCGAUUACUCGGUAGUGUCGAGCCACCAGACGACAGCAGAGGAGGAAGAUCUUGGGUGGGAUGAGAUUGAAGAUCUAAGCGGCAUUGACGAUGGUAAGAAAGAGGAGAGGAGAGUGAGUCAGGGUGGGAGUAGUGCAACCAAGGAGGAGUUGAGGAAGCGGCUCAGUGUCGCAGAAGAGGAGGAAGAAGAGGAUUUGAGCUGGGAUAUUGAAGAUGAUGAUGAACCAGUUAAAGCUUGAACAGCAUCCAUUUAAGACUGCUUUCGAAACAUUCAUAUCGUUUCUCACGGUCCCAGCAUUUGAACAUCAGAUUCCCAUGUUGAGAGUUAUGGUAGAUGGUGAUACCGGCAAGAGCGGUUUGAAAUGUGCAGGAACGAGGAAUAAAUUUUUUGCAGCAAGUGAUAAAGUCAGAGCCAGAGUAAGGUUUUGUGACAUUGAUAAUGUGAAUAGGGCAUUGUUACAUCCUGUGAAGCGUGGUUAGAACCCGAUGGAUGAUUGAAAGUAAGCGCGAUUGCGACUUUGGACAGCCAUCACAGAAGGUGUUGAACAAUUAGUUGCGAUGAUUGGAGUAAUUUGAUGAACAGUUAGGGUGAUGUUGUGGGUUGAAUGUUGCUUUCGUUGCCACUUUUAUGAAGAGUGUGCAACCAGGGCACUAAUCAGGUUUUACGCCGUGCACUUCGUCCAGCCCUAACUGUCUACGUCUUUAAUCUUUAUAUAUCUUUAUAUAUGGCCAAAACUUGGCCAUUGACCAGGUUGAUCUUUUGCACCUACGU